AUGGAGCCAACAAUUGAGAAGCCAAAUGACAAUAUCGGAGAUCUCAACAUGCCUUUCCAUUUUAAGGGAGCUCAUUUCAAAAGAUGGAAAGCCAAUAAAAUUUGGAAAGCUUUACAAAGCAAAUAUGACACCGAAGAGGCUGGUGCAAAGAAAUAUGCAGCUAGUCGUUUCUUUCGCUAUCAAUUGGUGGAUAGCAAUUCUGUUGUGGAACAAAUUCAAGACUUUCAAAUAAUCGUGGCAGAAGUUAGAUCCAAAGGCAUAAAGUUUGAGGACAACCUUACUGUGGUUGGUAUCAUUGACAAGCAACCACCAUCAUGGAAAGAGUUCCAAAAAUCAGUGUGCCAUAAGCAAAAGGAGACAUCCCUAGAAUCCUUGACCACUUGCAUCCGCGUAGAGGAGGAAGCUAGAGGACAAGAUGCACUUAUAAUGCGAGAGAGUAAUGGACAUUCUACCACCAAGGCUAAUGUUACCGAAGAGCCUUUAGUGGCUAUGAUUACAGACAUAUACAUGAUCCAAUAUGUUAAAGGUGUUCAUUUGUUUCCUGUUAAUAAUGACAAAGAUGUUGUUAAUCAAAAGGAAUAUGCUAGCAUAAUCGAUAGUUUGCAAUAUGUGACUAAUUGUACUAGACUUGACAUUAGCCAUGCAGUAGGAGUACUUAGCAAAUUUACUAGCAAGCCUAGUAGAGAUCAUUGGCAAGCCAUUGAGCGAGUUAUGAAAUAUCUAUCUGGUUUCAGUGAUGCUGACUGGAAUACUUUGUCAAGUGAUUCUCUGUCUACCACUGGUUACAUUUUUACUUUGGGUGGUGGUGCAAUAUGUUGGAAAUCUAAAAAACAAACCAUUAUUGCUAACUCUACUAUGGAUGCUGAGCUUAUAGCUUUAGCUUCAGCAAGUGAGGAAGCAAACUGGUUGAGAGAUUUGUUGCAUGAAAUUCCUCUUUGGGAAAAACCAAUACCACCUAUUCUAAUUCAUUAUGAUAGCACUGCUACAAUUGGUAAAAUCCAUUAA